GCGGCGGCGAUCGGAGAGCGUGGUGCACGGCCGUUACGCGUGGCGCCCUUGUCGCCCUCGUAAUCCGCGCGCGCCAAUGUCGAGACGGUCCGUUAGUCGUUCGACGGCUUCCACCGGGUCCGCACGUCGCAAAACGCCCGUCAAACGAACGCGUGUGAAUAUUACGACCCGAAGCGGAGACGACGACGGCACGGCCGACGAGUUUUCGCGCGACGCGACCGUUUCCGCGUCCCGGACGCGGUAACCCGGUAUUUACCGCCGACGACGGUAACCCGGUAUUUACCGCCGACGACGGUAGAGUAAAGACAGACGAGAAGCGGAUUAGCGAAGACAGCGCGUAGUCUCGCCCGACGGAUUCGCCGGAAGAUCGGACGCGUCCGUCCGUCCGCCCGCGCAGCGACGAUGGCCUGCUGCGGCCGGCCGGCCCGCCGAUGGAACGCUGUGUCGCCGCCGCCGGCGACCACCGUUACCGGUUCGGUGUGGCCAUCGCCGCCGCCGCCGCCGCCGCUACUGCCGUCGUCGCGACAACAGCCGCAGCCAUGUUAGUGGCCACCGUGGUGUCCAUGUGGGUGCUCAGCGCCAUGGCCGUCACCGUCCGGCACGGCCGGUCCAGGAUGGCCAGGUGGGCGCAACAACAGCACAACGACGUGCAACCGUCGACGGUGGUCGCGACCACCACCGCGGCCGGACGCUUGCACGACCCGGGCGGCGGCACGUCGUCCGGCCCGCUUCCGCUGCCGCCGCCGACGCUUCCGCCGUCGCUGAGGUCGCCGCCGUCGUCGUCGUCGGACGAUUUCGGACUGCAGCAACAGCACCACCGGCACAAGGCGAACGCGCUGCUCCGCAUCGUCGAGUCGCAACAGCAGUUGGGCGACAACUGCACGGCCGGCACGGAUCUGAACAUGGGCGAAGGGGUCGUGGACAGAUACGCUCAGGAACGGUUCAGGGUAAUGGCUAAUGUAGCCGUGAAUCGAGCUAACAUGUUAACGAGAAUCUGGAAGUAUGGGAAUCCCGAAGUAACUGCUUCUGAGUAUUUACUUCACGCUGGAGUCAUAUCUAUGGUAGAGUUCGAUAACGACAUAUUUGCCGCCGGGAAUUGUUAUGACCAACAACAGUACAAAGAAUAUUGGCUAUUUUGUCCAUACGCAUACAGACUUCCAGACGGCGAUAGAAUAUUGGCUAAAGAUUUGGCGGUUGAGUACAACUAUUUAUCGAACACCAGCGAAUGGUUUUACAUAGCUCGACAUAAAGCACAAGUCGUGAUCGAUAAGAACAAUCAGUACAGUCACGCAUUUAACUCUUAUACUUGGAAUGAUACAGCGCACACAGACUGGAUAGCUGAUGACGUAUUAACAGUUACGUACGAAGAUGGCAAAUGGAGUAAACCUUAUUACGAUUGUGGUGGUGGAAAUAUUUGGAUGCUCACGUACACUGUACCAUUUUUUGGCUACAAAGAUGGAAAAUAUUUUUUCAAAGGUACCAGUGGAAUCGAUAUUGAUUUAAGAAGGGUUGACAUUGAUCAGUGUCCUUUGCCACCAGGAAGUAAUCAUUUUAACAUAUUCGCCUCAUCUGACAAGUGUAAAAAACAAACUACUUACUGUGUACCUGUUUCGGGUUUAGGGUUUCGAAGAGGGAGUUACAAGUGUAUGUGCCGUCGAGGUUAUUACUUCCCCGCUCCUAAAUACGUGGGGCAUCCUGGAACCAGAUAUUUCAAUGGAGUCAUUAUUGAAGAAGAAUAUGAAAAACUGAUGCAGGGAAAACCAAACAACUACAGCCAACAUAGCAUGUUCGAGUGUUUGCGAUGUGCCGAAGGAUGCGAUGAGUGCAUUGACUCCAGCCCUUGUAUAGCGUCCUUAAACUGGGUACUCCGUUCAAUUAUACUAGUGCUCUCUCUGGUGAUUAUAGGAUGCCUUCCGCUAGUUGUGUUCUUCACGUGGAAAUACGGACAUCUAAAAGUUGUUCGAGCAGCUAGUCCUGCAUUGCUAAGAGUUAUUGCUCUUGGGGCCUUCUUCAUCUAUGCCACGAUGAUUGUUAUGUAUCCAAAACCAAAUGUGAUUACUUGUAUUGCUCGUGUUUGGCUUCGAGAAAUCGGAUUCUCCCUCACUUAUGGAGCAUUAAUGCUCAAGACAUGGAGGAUAUCAGUAAUAUUUAGGGUGAGGUCAGCAAAAGUUGUGAAAAUCACAGACAAGGACUUACUAAAGAGACUUGGACUAAUGAUGGCGGUAGUUGGUUUAAUAAUGCUAAUUAGAACCCUGGUCAAUCCACCAUAUGUUAUAGUAGGUAGAACAGCAGAUAAUUUGAAGACAGAUCUGUGUCCAACUGGAUGGUGGGACAGAUUUUUCUCUAUACUGGAAGUAUUAUUUCUAGUUUGGGGUAUCCGUCUUUGUAUUGUUGUACGAAAAGCACCAUCAGAAUUCAACGAGAGUCGAUUCAUGUCAAUGGCAAUUUACAAUGAAUUUAUUCUCUCAGUCUUCCUUAAUGUAUCAAUGUUUUUUCUACAGUCACCGGCUAACCCUGACUUGCAGUAUAUCAUUUUCUUCUGCCAUACUCAACUUACAGUUACGACUUUGCUAGGGUUUAUAUUCGCUAGUAAGGCAUAUUUAGUGAUGAGAGGCGAAGAAGCAAAUGAUGAAGAUGGACAUGUAAAGAGCAUUAAAGUGACUGGCGGUAGUAGAAUGUUUAGUAAACAGACUAGAAAUUCAAACAAAGCUAAUAACUCGACAUUUUGUGGCUUAGAAGAGUCUAGUACUGACUUUGUAUUAACGGAAACAGACGCGCAAGAAGAAUUUGCUCAACUCUUUAGGCAGCUGGAUGCGCUCAAGGACAAGAACUUGAGACUUGGCAAUCGGCAUUUGGCCGAAAAGAUAUCGGCUAUGCAAGAGGUGAGCAAACGCGUUGUCUGGUCGACCAAUAUCGAAAAAAAAUCAUCAGCUGCAGCCGUAGGGGGUUACACGUUCACAAACCACCAUCUUGGAUGUAGUCACCCGGUUAGCGGUAGUCAAAAAUCAUUGGUCGUCAAUCAAAAUGGCAAGAAACCGUUUAUGAAGGAAGUGACGGUGUGACAUGCGUUAUAAUUCUAUAUCCAGAGGCUACAUCUAAUUCCACUGUUCAGUCGUUUGUGACUUUAAAUUCAACAAAGUAUUUCAAUAAACCUAAAAUACAUUGUUAACAAUUCAGGAAAACAAAGAAAUUACUAACCAUUGUCGUUGCUGUCGUUGAUUAGUUUAAAUCCUAUCCCAAAUAUGUUGUAUAAAAAUACUAAUUUAUUGUUAUUAUUUUAAGUAGGUAUAGGUUAUGUUAUUAUAUGCGUUUUUUAAUAUCAACGUGCUUAAAAUAUUUAACAGAAAUUAUAGUUUUUAUAUCAAUGAAUCUUUAAAUAUCUCAAGAAAGUGGCGUGGGAUUUGUUAUUUUCGAUUUUCGAUCAGAAUAAAAUACUAUUUUCCCCAUUUAUAUGUGCAUUUAUACACACACAAACAUUUUUUUAUUAUUUUUUUUAACUUUGUUUUAAUUAUAAUAAACUUGUUUACUGUUAGAUCUGUUAUAUCUACAUAGUAUACUUUUGGUAUGCAAAAUGGAACAAAGUUCAUUUGCAACACUUCAUUAUCAAAAAUGCUACUCACAUUUUUUUUUUUUUAACUUAACUAAAAAUUAAAAAUAUCGACGAAAAGUGAUUUUUAUUAUUGAAUUUAACAUAAAAUAAAUAUUUGGCUCAAUUUAAAUCUAAAACCUUUAGUUUAGGUUAUGUAAAUAGAACAAAUCUAAAUACCGGACACCCUCUUUUUAAAACCUCUGUCAAUUUAAUUUAGAAUAAGUUAAGUUAAUACUUUAUGUAAAUUAAAUUAGAAUGCACUGAGUUUAAAACAAAAAAAGAUUAUCCAGACGUAUACUCUUCUUGGACUAUAAGUUGAUUAACAACAAUUUCCUCAGUUAUUAACUAAUAACACUAUAACAGACAUUGUCUAUAACAAUGCUUUGUAAGUAUCUACUUGUAUAAUGUUAUUUGUUUAAAUUAUAUUUUAGUAAAAUUAACUUUGGCUUAUGGUAUGUACGAUCGUUGUGUUCGAAUAUUUUAACAAAAUAACAACUAGUCUCGCAUUAUUUGUGGAAAAUCCAAUUUU